AACCUUUUCACCUCGUUUGCGUGUAAGAUUCGAUGACUCAGUCAGCACAAAACUUAUCGCCAACUGAUUAACGAUAACAUGCAAAUAGGCUCACUGAAUUUGUCAUUAAGUGAAUCUUUUUGGUGAACGGAUAAAGAUUCGAUUCACUGGGAUGAUUCGAAAUCCCCCUCACUACUGCCCGUGACACCCUCCUUAUGCGGUUUACCUGUACGCAUCUGUUUUAAUAGCUAAUAUACAAUUUAUUUAUAAUAACAAAAUUAAUUAUUUUUGUUAUUACCAUUAUUGUUAAUGUGAUAAAAAGGAGCAGUAUCGAUAUUAAUAUUAUAAUGAAACAUUUGUUAUGGUUUCAGUAACCAUUUCAGUUAUGCGUCUUCGUUAUAUAAACGCCCAGCUUUCAAUGAUGAGACGUCGGGCUUCUGUCAUGUUGUUUUCUGCCCGAUUGUCUUCGCCAUUAUGGACGUCGCCUGACAGCACUUUAAGGACAUAAGGGCAGGACCUGAAACUGCAAUGAAACACAGCGACAGGGAGGUGUCUGAGAGGGAAGUGUAGAGGCAGAAUAACUGGCAGCGCCGGGCGGAAGAACAAUCGCUGCGAAUCUGACAGACAAGAAGUGCUGUGAAGCUCUCGGUGCCCUCGGGUGCACUGUGUCCCUGUAGGUCUGGAUCAGGAGGCAAGAAGCAGCUGAAUUAUCUCAUGGCGGCACACUGUCAACAUUUCCAAAUGCAUUGAACAGGAAAUGAAAUGCGCACUUGCAUUAACCAAAGCGAUUGGCAUGUGAUCAAAUUAGACUGCACAAAAAGCUCCUUGAUGACGGGCAAAGGCUGUGUCACUUCAGUUAAACACCAAUCAAGCCUUCCAAUGCGCAAGCCAACAAAUAAGAAUCUCUGAAUCAUAUCUACAUGUACGUUUGAGCGUGAUCGUUUGGGAUAGAGUGUGUAUGUAUGUUCGUAUGCAGGGAUGGAGUGGUCUUUAGAGCGGAUGAGGGAAUGGGUGGCAGGUGGCAUGCAGUCGGUGCGAGAGUGUGAGUCCAGUGCUCUAGGCACUGCUCUUUGUCUCGCCCUUCUGUUUAUUUGGUACUGCUACCGUGUUGGAUGCGAACACUCUGCACCUUCGCUCCGCGGCGGUUUCAACCCUGAGCCACGUGUCAGGGCGGUUCCUGGUGGAGUUCUCGCCUCAGACCUUUUGGCCCGCAGAGGCUCGUCAAAAAUCCGUCAGGUCAGCGGGGUUGGAGGAAGUGGAGUCGGCGAAGAAGAACUUAACGGCUUCGCCUACUGUCAGUCGGCCGAGUGCUUUCGUUGUGCCAAACCCGGGGAGGGCCUGAACCAGCGGCUCUACCAUAGCCUGCAGGAGUAUGCCAAGCGCUACACCUGGGCCGGCAUGGGCCGUGUGCACAAGGGCGUACGUGAACAAGGCCGAUAUCUGCUCUGCAACCGCCCAUCCAUCCAAAAACCUGAGGUCUUCUUCCUGCCGGACCUUCCCUCUGCUCCUUUCUUCUCACGCGAAGUGCAAAAGCAUGAUGUGGAGCUCCUGGAGAGAAGUUUCCCGGCACUCCUGGCUGAAUUUGAGACUGUGUACCGGCUGCCAACCAGUCGGACUGGCUCUUCACUUCCACUGGGCUGGAAGGCCAACAGCACACCUCGUGGCCAGUGGUGGACCUUCUAUCUGGUGAACCAGGGUACUCCGAUGGUGCUGAAUGCCAGGCGCUGUCCACGUGCGUGGAGGGUACUCGGACAGCUCCGUACUUUUAUUGCGAAUAAUGUGUUUGGAAAUGCUUGCUUCUCGGUGCUCAGUCCCGGAACCACGAUCACUGAGCAUUACGGGCCAACCAAUGUACGCCUGCGCUGCCACCUUGGAUUGAAGGUGCCCUCUGGUUGUGAGUUGGUAGUUGGUGGUGAGCCGCAGUGCUGGUCUGAGGGAAGCUGCCUGCUGUUCGAUGACUCUUUUCUUCACACUGCGUUCCAUGAUGGCUCUCCGGAAGAAGGCCCAAGAGUGGUAUUCAUGGUGGACCUGUGGCAUCCAAAUGUGGCCGCAGCUGAGAGACAGGCACUGGACUACAUCUUCACCCCUGGGCGCUGAAAGAGAGCUGCGAGGAGAAAAGGGUCAACGAUUUCCAUUGUAUUAACAGUAUGAGAUGAGUGCAAAGGGAAAGACAGAGUGUUGAGAACACGAGUCUCUUCCUCUAGUAUACCUACCUUUACUCUCACUUUCCCUAUUGGCACUGCUUCAGUAGAGACUUCAAUGUACCGUCACUAUUGUACAUUAUCAGUGUUUACAGAACUCUUCAAAUCUGCAAAAACCUGCUGGUGAACUGUGCUUGAGACGAAGCCCUUGCGUUCAUGUUGUUCCUACAAUUUGGCUGCAGGGUCACAUUUAUACCCAGUGAGUGACAUAGUAUCAUUUCACCUAAAGCAUUGACAGUCAACCACACAUGGAAAUGCACUUUUUGCCACGCCUGGUCACUACAGGCAGGUAGGAUUGUAUAGGAAGCACAGUACAUUGUUUAGUCUGUACAUUUUUACUGAGAUCAGGCUUACAGAAGCUAAGCUAAACAGUCGUAAAACGACAUAUGCUGCAAUGACAGGGGCUUUGACAUUUACCGCAAAGGAAUGUAGAUAUAUGGCAGAGAUGUUAUGCGAAGUGAACCGAAGCACUACCAGCUAUUGUGUAAAAUGACCUCCAUUAAACGCACUAGUGGCAAGUUAUUUUGCCGCCACACCUAAGUCAGGGUCGGAGCGCUUAGAUGGGGAAGAAUACGAGCACAUCAAAUCAGCCUGCUUUCCACUUUACUCUUUCCUACCCUGAAUUUUCAAAUCAAAUCGAAACGCGUUAUCAAUCGCUUUGUAUCUCUGUGAAACUUAAAGAGGGACACAACGCUUCUUGUUUUUGAAAAACAAUGUUCUGGCUGUUAUUAUGUGCUAGGUUCUACCUUAUUGUGCUUUGUCGUACUGCUUGUAUGCAGAGCUUUCGUGGUUGUCGCAUCGAUAUUGGUACAUUCCUUUUGUAAGAUGACAGACCGUUUCGAGACCGUUUCGUGAGAAGUGACAUUUUAUAUCAUUGUGAGACUUUUGGAGUUGCAGAUCAAUUUUAUGACAACGUUCCUACUUCCAUGUUUCCAAAUUGUGUGCCAUGGACUCACUUUGCAAUGGAUGAGUAAUUCCGUAGAUUUAAUAAAGAAUUAAUUUAA